AUGGACCUCCUCCUCUCCCUCCCCUUCCUCAGCUACUUCCUCCUCCCCUCCUCCGCCACCUCCUGGUUCACCACCACCCUUACCGCCUCCCUCUUCUACCUCAACUGGCUCACCCUCGUGCUCUCCCACCCGCCCCUCAAGGUGCACCUCGUCGGCCUCCUCGCCCUGCGUCUCCUCCUCUGGCUCCUCCCCUCGCUCCUCACCCUGCUCUUCGACCUCGCCCUGCCCUCCCUCGCCGCGCCCCUCAAGCACGGCGGCCGCGCCGGCCUGCCCCCCCGGCACUACGCCCUGGCCCGCGUCCUCCCGCUCGCCGCGCUCAACACCGUCUUCCUACUCGGAGUCGAAGGCGCCUGCAGCUACCUCUACGCCCUCGUGCUCGGCCGCACCGAGCUCCUCGUAUCCGCCACGCUCCCCCUCCCGUGGCAGGUCGCCCGCCACGUCGGCCUCCUCCUGCUCCUCCGCGAGUUUUUACAGUACCACAUCCACCGCUCCCUCCUCCACGGCCCCUACGGCGUUUCCAGGCUCCACCUCGGCUAUGCACACGCCCGCGCCGCCGCGCCCUUCUCCCUACAACUCUUCGCCGACCACCCGCUCCCGCUGGUCCUCCACCGGCUCGUCCCGGUGUACGUCCCCGCCGCGCUGCUCCGCGUGCACCUCCUCACCUACCUUGUCUUCGUGGCGGUGUGCACCCUCGAGGAGACCAUCUCCAUGUCCGGGUACGCGGUCGGGCCGGGGAUCAUCGCCCGGGGGCUGGCGAGGCGCUGCGCGGUGCACUACGCGGGUCGCGGGGGCGCGAAUUUCGGCGCGUGCGGCGUGGCGGACUGGGCGUACGGCACGGGGCGCGGCGGGGAUGUGAUGGAGGACAUCAAGGAGGAGGCGGACAAGCAUAACGUGAGGGGGCAUGCGGAGGACAAGGUGAGCGAGGGCGCGGGUGUGCUUCAAGGUGGGCUGGAGGUGCUGCGAGGGAAGGGGAAGAAGAAGGCGACUAGGGACUCGUGA